ACCUUACCGGAAGUUGAGGGCCGAGGAAACCGUCGGCGGAGAAAUUAUUGUGGACUAUCUGCAGAAGUGUUGAGAAUUAGCCUCGUUGCUUUGAUAAUCCAUCGACAUACAAACCAGCUCCCGGCUGAAGCUCGUCUGCAGACGGUUUAACUCGGUUCGUGAUGUCGGUUGUUCCUCCCAGUCGCUCGUCCACCGGCUGGCCGCGCGGUGGUGCCGUUCAGUUCGGGAACAAAUACAUCAGUGGGCCCGCGAAGCCGCUCACACUGGAGAGGACCAUCAACCUAUACCCUCUUACCAACUACACAUUCGGCACCAAAGAGCCUCUGUAUGAGAAGGACAGCUCGGUGGCAGCCCGGUUCCAGCGGAUGCGAGAGGAGUUUGAUAAAAUGGGGAUGAGGAGGACAGUGGAGGGAGUUCUCAUUGUCCAUGAACACAGACUGCCUCAUGUCUUACUCCUGCAGCUGGGAACCACUUUCUUCAAACUGCCUGGUGGGGAGCUGAGUCCAGGAGAGGAUGAGGUGGAGGGUCUUAAACGCUUGAUGACAGAGAUUCUAGGAAGGCAGGAUGGGGUCAAGCAGGACUGGGUGAUCGACGACUGCAUUGGCAACUGGUGGCGCCCCAACUUUGAGCCUCCACAGUACCCAUAUAUUCCAGCGCACAUCACCAAACCUAAGGAGCAUAAGAAGCUUUUUCUCGUUCAGUUGCAAGAAAAAGCGCUGUUUGCUGUCCCCAAGAACUAUAAACUGGUGGCAGCACCAUUGUUUGAAUUAUAUGACAAUGCCCCUGGAUAUGGACCAAUCAUUUCCAGUCUACCGCAGCUAUUGAGCAGGUUCAACUUCAUCUACAACUAAUGUGAAGUAUGAAAUGUGUCUGGCUGUCUCUGUGAGCGCAGUCCUGUCUGAGUGUGUCAUGUCAGGAGUCUUGACCAUCUGCAGGGGUGUUUAUACUGUUGAAAAAUAAUAAUAUGUGGGUCUUUCUUUUUUUUUUUUUAACAUUCAGUUUUUGUAGUAUGUAAGUACAACUUCCAUUGUGUUAAGGAUCUGAUUUUAUGCCCUUCACAAGAGGACAUUGUUUGAUUAAACAAACUACACCAUUGAGUUUCCUGUCAUUUUAACCUGUACCAUCAUCUGUUUUCUUUUUAAUAAAGCAGUCCUUUAAAUGUGUUUUUACAAAAUCAAAAAA